GUGACAUGUUUCGCCCGCCUUGCUUUGCGCCACCACAAGCUCUACCAUCAUGGCUUCUCAAAUCCUCCCGCUAGAGCUGAUUGAUAGAUGUAUUGGAUCCCGCAUAUGGGUCAUCAUGAAGAGUGAUCGUGAGUUCACUGGAACACUGCUUGGCUUCGACGAUUUCGUGAACAUGGUCCUAGAGGAUGUAACGGAAUACGAGACUACGCCCCAGGGAAAGAAGAAAACGCGGCUUGCACAGACCCUUCUCAAUGGUAACAAUAUUUGUAUGUUAAUUCCAGGCAGUGAUGGUCCUGACUCAUAGAGAAGAAAAUACGAUAUGGAGAAGACACUUCACUCUUACAGUCUCGGCUCAAGGGCUGUUGUUAAGUAAACUUUUCACUGGUACCCUGCUGUUCGAGCAGGAUGGUAGACCUCGAGUUCUCGAUGUUGCUGGCAUUACAAGCAUCACAUCCCUUCAUCCAAAUCAAUAAUGUAUGAUCUAGAAAUUUGUUGCCCAUUCGUAUAAUCCUAGAUUGUCCCACAACAUGCAAUGUCACAGGAAAUUCAGUGUGUGCCUAGAGUCUCCUAGAGCUUAG